UUGGGCUAGCUUUCGUCACGCGCGGCAGCAGCACGAAGCCACAGGUAGAUGGAAAAUCAGUGCUGUGAUGAUGGCCGUCGUCAAGGAUAGUGCUUACUCCUUUCCUUUAGUGGUAGCAUCGAGUGCAAUUGAAAUGGCCCUGGACCUUGUGAUUCCGGAGUUGUACUUGGGGAUGCUGACUAGUACUUCCAACUCCUUUUUAGUGAUUCUGAGUACACGCAUGGUUAUCAAUCUCCGGGAGUCAUUUUCAACUUCUCCUAUAGCACGGGUAGAUGGUAUGGCUCUCGAUACAUUUCCCACAAGUUCUCAAGCGAGCGCAGACGACGCAGUGUUUAGGACAACAUUACAAUUUACAAGUGUACAUUCUCCAGCAGAGUCUGCUGGCAACAUUGUUGCCUAGCUUUAUGUUCCCAGUCCUAUUGGCCUACAGUACACAUCCUCUCCAAUUUCUCAGUUAAAACAUGUAUAUUAUAUAUAGUGCAAGCUUUUUGUAUGGAUAUGAUAUUGUUC